CUGGUUAGGGGUCAACUGGUUGUGGGGAGCGGAGCGGAGCUAAAAGAGAAAAUUCGGAAGUUUGUUUAAAGAGUUCCUGCAGCAGAUUCCGUGGUCCUCUUUAGUGAUUGGUGCAGUCUGAUGAUGUCAUCGGUUAAAGUGGAGUGUGUGUUAAAGACAGGCGCUAUGAUUGGAGAAGGGCCGCUGUGGGAGGACUCCCAGCAGACGCUAAUGUUUGUCGAUAUCGCCGGGCAAAAAAUCCACCGCUGGAACCCCUCGACCAAUCAAAGCGAGGCUGUUGAGACAGAGGACUCAGUAGGCUUCGUGGUUCCUCGCCGCUCCGGGGGUUAUGUGGCAGGCGUGGGUCGCAGCAUCGUUGCUGUUGAUUGGUCGACUCAGAUGAUGACAUCACUGGUGGAGGUGGACGAGGACAAACCUAACAACCGUCUGAACGACGGGAAGGUGGAUCCCAGAGGACGCCUGCUAGCAGGUACGAUGGCGAGGGAGGAGCGACCGGCGGAGAUUCAGAGACAACAAGGGUCUCUAUUCUCUGUGACCUCUGACCUCUCUGUGACCAAACACCUGACACAGCUGGACAUUUCUAAUGGGAUGGACUGGUCUCUGGAUCAGAAAACCUUUUUUUACAUCGACAGUUUGUCUCUGACCGUCGUCGCCUUCGACUACGACACAGACUCUGGACGUCUCGGUAACCGGCGUGUGGUGUACCACCUGGCGGAGGGGGAGGGUCUUCCUGACGGGAUGACGUUGGACGCUGAUGGUUGUCUCUGGGUGGCGAUUUAUAACGGAGGACGAGUCAUCAAAAUCGACCCUGAGACCGGUGUGUGCCUGCAGUCCAUUUCUCUGCCGGUGACCAAGACCACUUCCUGUUGUUUUGGGGGUCCAGACUUCUGCGACCUCUAUGUGACCUCAGCCAGUCUUGGCCUGGACCAAUCAGAGAGCUGCAAACAGCCUCUGGCUGGGGGGGUAUUCAGGAUCUCAGGACUCGGGGUCAGAGGUUGUGCCUCACUCUCGUUCUCUGGAUGAUUCUCGGCCGCAGGACGUCGUCUCUAAUUAUUGAUUCACAUUUGAUGAUGAUUAACUGUCCAUUAAUACAUGGAGGCAGCCAAUCAGAGAGGAGGACACUGUGACAGCCAAUCAGACUGCAGGAAAUAUACUUUAUACAUGUAACGGUCAGAAGCGAUUUCUCUAAGACUGCAAGGGAAGCUCAGCUUCCUCUAAAAUUAAAUGGUCAAAUCUG